AUGGCCAUGGUUAUCUCCUCCGGUGUUCAAGCUCCUUGCUCUCUCCUCAUGGCAACCUUGAUGCUGCUCAUUGUCCAGGCGCAAAGCUUCACCAGGCACUACAAUUUCAAUGUGCAAAUGGCCAACGUGACGAGGCUGUGCGCCACCAAGAGCAUCGUAACGGUGAACGGGGAGUACCCCGGCCCGGCGCUCGUGGCGAGGGAAGGCGGCCGCGUCGUUGUCCGCGUCACCAACCAUGUCGCGCGCGCACAACAUGACGCUGCACUGGCACGGCGUCCGGCAGCUGCGAAACGGCUGGGUCAUCGUCGUCUAUGGCGUCGUCAUCGUCGUCUAUCGUCGUCUAUGGCGUCAACUUCACCUUCUCCGGGCAGCGUGGCACGCUGUGGUGGCACGCGCACAUUUCGUGCCACCGUCUAUGGCGUCAUCGUCGUCCUUCCCAAGCACGGCGUGCCUUACCCGUUCGCCACGCCGCACAUGGAGGUUCCGGUCAUCUUCGGUGAAUGGUGGAGGGCGGACACGGAGGCGGUGCUCAGCCAGGCGCUCCAGACGGGCGGACCCCCGAAUGUCUCCGACGGUUUUACGAUAAAUGGGCUUCCUGGGCCACUGUACAACUGCUCCGCCAAAGGUACAUGCUUUGUGGUUGGUUAA